AAAUAGAAGUAAGCAGCUUGAAUAAUGUUAUUCAUAAUAGUUGGAAGUGGAAAUUAGAGAUAGACAUUUAUUGAUUGUUUACACAUUUUUCCAGUAGUAUAUUCCUGAAAGUUGAUUCAUUUCCUGCACGAUACUGCUUUGUACCUGCAACACAUCUCCAUCUCAAUUACCAGAACAUCCCCUAAAGGCCUGCCUGGAUAGAGAAUCCAAAACACUAUUUAGACCAUGUCCAACUAACAACAAAAUUACACGAUAUAGCAUCCCUUAUAAGGAUCUCAAAGUUUUUUUGGAGAUGUUAAUUACCAUCACCGUGAUACAUAGUGCUGGUUAUUAGGCCUGGUGCUAGCCACCAUACAUCAUCCAGCCAGUAGAAGGCUCCCUAAUCUACCAAGUGCAGCAAAAGCACGUGAGGAGCCUCUGAAAUAAGAAUGGAUCAGGCCAAGGAAGCGCUCAGGGCAGUGGGGGAACACAGCCUUGCGGGAAGCUGCAGGAGAGGGCCCAGCAGUCCACAGACUGUGACAGGAGGAGUUGGGCAAACCUGCCUUUUGUUGGCAGGGGGCCAACAACAUGAGGGAGGCCGUUUCAGGCUGCCCACAGGGCACACAAGGAGGAAUCUCAGCAAGACACUCACUUUAUCACUCUUGCUCUGGACUACCCAAUACACAUUACAUGCUUGUUUGUUUACUUUUGUUUUUAAUGCUGAAGGCAGCUGUGACUAGCACAUUUGCUCUUCUUACUUUUGCCUUUUAAUGAAUUCUCAGUUACUCAGUGUGGAAAUAUUUGCAGGAAUCUACCAAUAGACAUGCUUGUAUCACUUUCAUCUGCACAUGUGGUACACCCAAAGAAUGGCGGAUACAUUUAUGAGAACUUCUAUGACACCUUCAGUAUGGCUGAUUAUCCUAAAAGCCAUCCUGCUUGAUAUUUAUAUAUUUUACUAACAGCUGAAGUACAUAGGGCUAAAUUAGUCUCUACGCUACAAGCUAACCUUGCCUCAGAUCAGGGAAAAUGAAAUUCAGUUGCACAUUACUUCUGCGUUUCUCUGUACUGUAAUAGCGCAAGCCAUAGCGCUCUUGAGAAUUCUCCUGCUUUCCGUAGAUCUCUUCAACCAUUCUUGGGACUAUAAACUGCAGUGACACAGCAAAUGUCUGGCAAUAUCCUUUUAUUCCUCCCAAAGCCUCCUUCUGCUGACAGGAUAACGUGACCACUUUGAAUCCAUCUCAGCUUGGAAAUGCCCUUAUAUUAGAAGGCUUCUGAGGGUUACUUACGGCAGCUUUAUGGCUCAUUUACAUAAAGGAAUUAUGAGCCACAGAUGAAUCAGGCUCAAAUAAAAUGAUUUGCAAAAGGCCACACAACAAAUAGCAGGGAGGACAUGAAUUAAGGACUAAGAGCAUGCUCUAUUGUGCUUGUUUUUGCCAAUGCAAAAAGCCAGCUCCAAUGUACAAAAUACACCCUUUUCUCUGCUCCAGACCUCAAUAAAGAGGCAAGCAAAAGUAGCUUUCUGUCAUUUUUUACAGCCGCCCAGCAAAAUGACCUGCACGUCUGACUUCCAGAACUUUAUGGAAAAUUGUAACUUCCUGUUGCAGAUAAAAUUAUAAGGCACCUUUUUGUACAAAGAAAACCUUAUAGCUACAUUAUUCUCCCUUCUUGGGAGGUAACUUUAACAGAAUGGCACUCUGAAGUGAGCCUUGGGUUUGUUACAAUGGACUAACCUGAUUAGAAAUCAUGCAAACUCUUGUUGCUCUGUAGCUGUAUUCCCCCACAGGCUGUAUUAUAGCUCUCUAACCAGUCCCACAGCAUUGAAUGAUGUCAUGGGAUCUGCAGCUCAGUGAGAUGAAAGGGAUAAAGCGGAACCCGCUGGCACUGGGGAACGCUUCCAACACACAAUCCACAACACAGCUUGGGAACUCAAAAGCUACAGAUCCAGCCACUCAACUCUAAGCAUUUAAGAAUCAUGUGCAUUCUCCCAGCACAAGAAAGGAAAGGGAAAAAAAAGCUAGUGAUCGAUUUUUAACAAAAGAAAUAGAGCAAUGAAAGGCAGAAUUUAAGACUGCAACUACCUGCUGGAAAAGGAGUUCUUUUUCCUCUCCAAAGCACUGCCUUUGAUGUAUGGCAACUGAUCACUGAUCAGAUUACAGGCAUUUGGUCUCAGUGCUCGUCUGCCUUUGAUCUGCAUGGUUAAUUUUAUUUUCCCGGAUUUGGAGUCUCGUCUGGGCUUGUGCUGACAUACUUCUUUUUUUUUUUUUUUUUUUUUUAAGGAGCUGAAAGCAUUUAAUACAGAAGCUCUGGCAGUGUGAAAUUCAGUUGCAGAAAGCCUGGGCACUGGAAAACUUCAUCAGAUAACAGGGAGAAGGGUUUAAUUGUAAGAAAUGGAUACUAAGGGAUUACAUGGAGAAGAUAAAAAGCUAAAGAUGUUUAUAUUUUUACUAGCAUAUUUGCUAAGCAGGGUAAUUUGUGAGACUGGAGAUUGCAGAGAGCAAGAAUUUAGGGACCACACGGGAAAUUGUGUCCUCUGUAAACAGUGUGGACCUGGAAUGGAGCUGUCAAAGGAAUGCGGCUUUGGAUUUGGGGAGGAUGCAGAGUGCAUGACAUGCAGGUCAAACAGAUUCAAGGAAGACUGGGGCUUUCAGAAGUGCAAACCUUGUCUGGAUUGUGCACUAGUUAACCGAUUUCAGAAAGCCAACUGUUCUGCCACAAGCAAUGCGCUAUGUGGAGACUGUUUACCAGGAUUUUAUAGGAAGACUAAGCUUGGAGGCUUUCAAGACAUGGAGUGUGUUCCUUGUGGUGAUCCUCCUCCUCCCUAUGAACCUCACUGCACCACCAAAGUAAACCUUGUGAAGAUCCCAUCAACUGCUUCCAGUCCUCGAGAUACUGCUCUAGCAGCUGUUAUAUGCAGUGCACUUGCCACAGUGCUCUUAGCUCUUCUUAUUCUGUGUGUUAUUUAUUGUAAGAGGCAGUUUAUGGAGAAAAAACCAAGUUGGUCUCUGAGGUCACAAGAUAUUCACUACAAUGGUUCUGAAUUGUCAUGUUUUGAUAGAUCACGGCUAAAUGAGUAUGAUCACAGAACAUGUUGCCAGUGUCAUAGAGGCACAUCACAGACAUGUGGACCAGUUCACUUGAUUCCAUCACUGUGCUGUGAUGAGACCUGUAGCAUGGAACACAGCAGUCACAGCUGUGCUUUCCACUCACAGACUACACUUCAUGAAAGGGCUUCUGAUUCUGUUGGAGAAAUGAUUCCUACCUUCCUUGGUUCUCUUUCACACUCAACUUGCGGAGACAUUUCAGAUGCUUGGCCUCUUAUGCAAAACUCAGCUUGUUGUGACAGCAUCUCUUUCUGUGAAUCACAUUCAGAACUGGCUGGAGGAGGUCCAAAUUCUUGCAGUCCUGAGACAGAAAAUGCAGCCACUGUUGAGUCAGAUAAUGACCAGGAACUAAGUGAUGUACUUAUUUCAGCUAAGUCUCAUGAUGGAAGCAUUGCAAAGUCCUUUGAAAUCUCCAAACAUAGAACAUAUAUAGAGAUUUCAUCGCUUCAGAAGUCAGUGGCUGCUGAAAAGCAGCCAAAGACAAAGCACAAUGGAACAGCAAAUGACUCCACAGACUAAUAAAGAGGAAGCCAAGCUAUUUCUCUCAGCACUGAAACUGAAUGCUUCCCUAAUGCUCCUCUGCCAAUUCUCAUCAAACAUGGUCUGGUCCUCAACGUUGCCUGGUUUCAAAAUCAAUUGAAAAAAUUGGCAGCAUUUCACAUCUUCCACGCAGUUGCAUCUGAGCCAUAACAGCUGUAAAGUGAAACUUCAAGGAGCAUCCUAAGAGAAUCCUGAGAAUGGAUCCAUGAUCUUUUGCAUCUCUUUUAAAACAGAACCUUCUAUUCCUUCUGAUUCUCACAACGUCUAAUGGCGUGAGCUUAAAAGUAUGUGUAAAUAUAGCAAGAAAUGAAAAUACCUUAGUAUAUUUGGAUGGGUAUCUGAAAUAUGACUACAGAUGUCAGAAGGCAUGGGACAAGACUUUGCCAGUUUUCUGCUUGCAAAUUUAUGCAUGCAUUAGGAUUUUUUUGGCUGGUUCUAAUUUUAACUCAGUUUCCUGCUGUUGAAGGAGUUAAAAAUUAAACAUUUCUAUGUAUGCAAGGAUCAUUUAUUGAGAAACUGAACCUUUUAUUAUGUAUUCCAUUAUAGUCAAUAAGCUAGUUUGGGGAGUUAAAGAAUUUGCAUGUUACAAUAUGUAUGGUUGAAGUCCCCUCCAUCCAAUUAUUACAUUUGUGGGAGGGGGCAUUGUUUUGUUUUACAUAGCAGGAGAUUAGCUUUAAAUUAGAUUUAGUUUAAUAAAAGUCAGUUAAUGAAAGUCAGCCCUAUAUAUAGGGGUUUUGUGUUUAAUUGGUAGGAUCAGUAUUGGAAGACAGCACUUGGUGUUAUAGCAUGUAUUUUUUGGAUGCUGGAAUAAUAAUAGUCAUCUGUCACACCAAAAUAUCAAACUAUAGCAGGUGUGCCAUGAAAGUAUUCAUAAAAUGAGAGCUGUUACUAAUUAUUUAUGGUAAUGGAUUAUUUUCGAGGGUCAAACUUCAUAGUGACCUCAUCUUUUCAUUUGAUAGCCCUUCUUUUCAUUCAUUUCAUUCUCUCCUUCCCACUAUAGUACUUUCUGUAAAUCUGCUUUUUCAACACAAAAUAUAAAAAUGAAUUCAUAACUUUUUUCGAAAUACCUCUGAAUUGAAUCCGCAACCUAUGCACAUGCCUAGUAAAUUAUUAUUUUUCUGCCAGAAUUGUUGUUCACAAUUUUUUUAACGGCAGUUUGUCACACCGUAUCCUAAAAUGUCAUUUGUUCUGCAGGCUUUUUGUACCUAAAAUAGUGUUCACUUCUGUGAGUAAGCUCAUAACCUCUACUGAAAGUUGCAUUCGACAGCCUCAAAUCUGUCAGUUGUGAACUCUAGCAAAUAUUCUUUAAAGUACCCACUGUGCCUUGACAGAAGCAAAGCAAUCAGCAAAACAAAUGCACAUCUGCAAUAAAUAUUACACAUCUUUCCACACAUGGUUUAUAUGGCAAUGGAAAUGAUGAGACGGUAUUCAUAUUCCAUAACGGAAAAACCUUUUUCUUUGAAACACCCAGUAGAAAGCUGAACCUGCAAAGAAUAGUUAAAACCAGAAUAGGCCGCCAAGGCAGUAAGAUGCUUCAGCCAAAACCCCUGAGAUUAUUCAUGUGUGCAAAAAUCAUGAGUGAAAAUUGUCAAAUCUGAACCAAAGUAAGUGAAUAAGUUACAUAAUUGAUUUUUUAUGAGGUAAAGACCACAUUUUGAUUGCUGAUAUUGUAGAAAAAUAUGCAGCUGUACAAAUAGUACAAUUAUUCAGCUACAUACCAUAAAGGAUAUAUGCAAGUUAAAUUAGUUUUGAAUAGUUUCUUUGGAUACUUUCAUACAUUUAAGAAAUGACAAAAUACUAUUUUUUACUGCAUUUGCAUGAAGAGAUGUGUGCUUCUUUGUAUAUAAUUUGUAAAUAAGAAAAAUCCAAUGUGCAUUUCAGUAUAUGGCAAGAUAUUUUUAGAAUGUGGAGAUUGAACUUUUCAUUAAUAACAGUUGUUUAAAAUGCUAUGAUGUUCAAAAAUUUUGCCAGCAUCUGCCACAGUAUGUUUUCCCAUUGGAAUUUACACUUUGUUUAAUUUUUUUGUCCGGCAACUCUAGAUAAAAGCACUCAUUCUUUAAGUGAGUGACAUAUAGCUUGAAAGCAAAUUGGGAGGAAAAAGGAAGAGUGCUUUUUAAAUAUAUAUGUAUAUUGUGUAUAUACUUUUUUCCUUAAUUUAACCAAAUUGGUCUUUUUUAUAUUGCCUGUGGCAAGCAAUGUUGUACAUGCCAAUAGAAAACAUACACUACCACCACAUUUACACUGUCUGCAUAUCACUUUUAGGGGCUUACAGUGCUAUUUUAUAUGCUCCUUUAAAGAAUCUAAAUUAAAGUCAUGUAUAAAUCAUUUUGUAAUACUUUUUCUACUUGUGAAUAAAACGUUACAUGAAUCGGU